UGCUCUAACAAGAAACAUCAAAUAUAUAUAGACCAAAAUUGAUCAUAUUAUUUAAAACCAUGUUUCUUAUUCUCUUCCUAUUCUAUAUCUUUCCAUAUAAUUUAUUUUCUUAAUUCUAAUUACAACACUUCAAAAAUUUAUUUAGUUUUGUGGCAAUGCCUACUCUGUCUCGUAGAUUCUCCACUCUCUCUACUCCAAUUGACCUUUUCCUCCAAUGGAAACCUCAACGAGAAACUCAACAACUCUUAUGGCCCCCUUUAUCUCCAUCUCAGCUUCAAAAACAACAGAAGCUUCUGCAAUCCAAACUCAUCCUCGCUCUCGAUGGCUGCACAAGUGUCAAACACGUCAAACAGGUCCACGCCCACCUGCUUUGCCAAGGCCUUGACCAAUGCUGCUUUGUUCUUUCUAAGCUUAUUCGAAUGCUGACAAAAUUUUGUGUUCCAAUGGAGACUUAUCCUCGACUCAUCUUCCACCAGGUUAGAUGCCCAAAUCCGUUUUUAUGGAAUGCUAUGAUUCGGGGAUUCAUUCUUCAAGGGACGCUUUCAGAGUCUGUUAGUUUGUAUAAUUGUAUGAGAAGAGAUGGUACUAGGCCUUUGUCCUUUACGUUCUCUGUGUUUUUCAAGGCUUGUAGUGCUACUCUUGACGUAGAUUUAGGUACACAGAUGCAUGCACAGACGAUUUUGGUUGGUGGGUAUGGUUCAGAUUUGUAUGUGGGCAAUACUAUGAUUGAUAUGUAUACAAAGUGUGGGCUUUUGGAAUCUGGGCGCAAGGUGUUUGAUGAAAUGCCUGACAAAGAUGUGAUUUCUUGGACAGAGUUGAUUGUAGCGUAUUCGAAGAGUGGGGACAUGGAAUCAGCGCGAGACUUGUUUGUUGAGUUGCCUAUUAAGGAUAAAGUGUCCUGGACGGCCAUGGUUACUGGUUAUGCCCAAAAUGCUCGACCAAGAGAGGCCUUAGAAGUUUUUAAACGAAUGCAAACUGAAGAAGUAGAGACAGAUGUAGUCACUCUUAUUGGUGUCAUUUCGGCUUGUGCACAAUUAGGUGCGUCAAACUAUGCUAAGUGGGUUCGAGAUGUUGCCGAAAGAUCAGGAUUUGGACCACAUGAAAACGUUGUUGUUGGAUCCGCACUUGUGGAUAUGUACUCUAAGUGUGGAAGCAUUGAUGAAGCAUUCAAGGUUUUUGAACACAUGAAGGAAAGAAACUUAUUUUCUUACAGUUCAAUGAUUGUUGGACUUGCUAUACAUGGUCGCGGCCAUGAAGCGAUCCAGUUAUUUCAUGACAUGUUAGAAUCUGAGAUAAAACCAAAUCAUGUCACUUUUAUUGGGGUGCUAACAGCGUGCAGCCAUGUUGGUCUUGUAGAACAAGGUCAACAAUUAUUUGCAGCCAUGAAAACGCAUUAUGAUGUUGAUCCUUCUGUGGAGCACUAUACUUGCAUGGUAGAUCUACUAGGACGAGUUGGGCGCUUGGAAGAAGCUCUUGAAGUUAUUAAAACAAUGCCAGUGGAACCCAAUGCAUGUGUGUGGGGUGCAUUGCUUGGAGCAUGUCGUACACAUCGAAAUCCCGACAUUGCUCAGCUUGCUGCUAACAAUCUCUUUGAGCUCGAGCCGAACACCAUCGGGAAUUACAUCUUGCUCUGUAACAUUUAUGCAUCGGCAGGAAUGUGGGAUGAAGUUUCGGAGGUGAGGAAGCUUAUGAGAGAAAAGGGUUUGAAAAAGAGUCCUGGAUAUAGCUGGAUCGAAGGAAAGAACGGCGAAAUACACGAGUUUUUCGCCGGUGAUAUGAGGCAUCCAAUGUCAAUUGAGAUUAAGCAAGCACUGGAGGAUCUAGUGAACAGAUUAAAGGCUCAUGGGUACGUGCCACACCUGAAUUCCGUGACUUAUGAUCUUCAUGAUGAAGAAAAAAGGCGUUUACUAUUAAAUCAUAGUGAAAAGCUAGCUCUUGCAUAUGGACUGCUUAGUACGGAUGUUGAUUGCACUAUUAAGAUUAUGAAGAACCUUAGAAUAUGUGAAGAUUGUCAUGCAUUCAUGUGUGGUGCAUCAAAAAUUACGGGGAGGGAGAUCAUUGUCAGGGACAAUAUGAGAUUUCACCAUUUCCAUAAUGGGACAUGCUCUUGUGGUAAUUUUUGGUGAUUAUUGAAUCACUAAUAAGUUAGAAACUUUAAAGCUCACUUACAAUCGUACAUCUGGUUAUGAAGUAUGACAGGAAGCGUGUGAAUUCAAAGUCCUCACAGAAACAGAUUAUUGUUUUGAGAAUUAGUAUAGGUGUACCCAAAACGAUUUUUAACUUGGUACAAGAAAAGUGAAAUGGUUAAUACAUAUGGGAUACAUUUAUAAUGGAGACUGUUGUCUAUUUUCUUUACCCCCAGAUGACGUGUGGCCUCAUCAGGUAGGUCCAAUAAGCAACAUGCCCAUCUAGCAUCUACGGUAUAAUAAAGCCCAGAACAAAAGCGUCUAAGUCUAGGGACAGACUUGAACUUUGGGUUCGGAAGGAUCGGUACAUCAAUAUAUAUAUUCAUAACUUUACAAUAUAUAUUGUUGUUUAGAAUUUCUCCCUUAUCAGUUAAGGAGGAAGUAAGUGGUAAUAGGAUCCACACUACGGGACAUACUAGAGUUUAUUAUUUUAAAAGAAUUAUAACAGAUUGGUUAACUCUCGGAGAGUCUACUGGAAGAUAGAUGGUUCCUGUCUCUUCUUCUCCGCGAGUGAAUGCGACCUAGAGGAGGUAUGGAAGGACAGCUAGAGUGUAACACACUGCUUGAGGUUAAGUCAUUGUAUAGGCAUUUAAUGUGGCAUGUCGAAGAGCAUCCAAUACAUUAUGCCGAACAGACGUGCUCGAGAGUUUAAACCCAUAAUUCUUUGAUUUCACGAUGCUCAUACAUCAAUUGACGGCUACAUAAUGAGCUAUUAAAUCAUAAGCAAGAGAUAAGUCAAGUCUCACCGAACAAUAGUGGUUUUUUUUACCACCAUUUUAUGUCUAUAAAUACAUUAAUAGGGACUCUAGAAAAUUCUUUGUAAGAAAAACUUUUAUUAAUAACAGUCACUCGUACAUUAAGGUUCA